GUUGCAAAGUUGAAGCUUGGCACUGUAUAGAAAGUAUAGUAUAACAGAGGAAAGGGGUCAUCGUCGCCAUGUUUUCUGUCAGGAGGCGACAAACUCGGUCUGCACGAAGUCACGGAAGAAUAACGCCGAGUCACACAGAGGGUGACGGGUACCUGGCCUUCCUGACGAGUCGACCGUUGUUGGUCAUCGGAUUGUGUCUGGUGUUCGUUAUCGUAUACACUAUAGCACUGACGUUGGGGAUGGUAAUGGCGAUCCAGGACCACAACCACGGCCACGCCACCAGACCAAUGACCAGCGGUCAAGGUGCUGUUGUGUCUGACCAUGAGACAUGUUCAGAAAUAGGCAGAGACACUUUCACUAAAGGAGGAUCCGCCGUGGACGCUGCCAUAGCCACUCUCCUUUGUUCUGGACUCAUGUCUCCUCACAGCAUGGGAAUUGGGGGAGGCAACUUCAUGGUGAUAUAUGAUGCUGAGACAAAGAAAGCACAAACCAUAAACGCCCGCGAGACGGCGCCUCGGGGACUUACCCUGGAGCUAAACACACAGACCGGACAGAAUCAAAAGGCGUUGUCAAUCGGAGUUCCGGGAGAGGUCAUGGGCUACUGGGAGGCUCACCGGAAGUAUGGACGACUUCCGUGGAAAGACUUGUUCCGUCCCGCUAUAGAACUAGCCGAGAAUGGUCAUUACCUGGCGCACACUCCACGAUUAUGUUUUGAUUAUCUACUCCGUGAGAACAUCGAUUUAUCUCAAGAUUCAGAAUUCUGUAAAGUAUACUGCGAUGACACCGGUAAAAUAGCACCAGAAGGAGCCCUCCUCAAAAGGCCUCGCCUGGCGAAAACCUUACGAGGGAUCGCAGACCAUGGGCCAGCUUACUUACAUGAGGGACCCGUGGCAGAUACUAUUGUUCGUGAAAUACAGUCAAAAGGCGGUGUUAUCACAAAGAAAGACCUAGCAGAAUAUGUUCCUGUUGUGGAUGAAGGAAUUUCCGUAGAUCUCGGUGACGUCACAUUAUUGACUAUGGGCGCACCGAGUGGAGGGCCUGUUCUUGGCCUCAUUAUGAACAUCCUGCAGGGUUUAAAGUUAUCAACGGAAUCAUCCAAAGAAAAAUACGCUCAAACAUUACACGUUAUGACAGAAGCUAUAAAGUUUGCAUUUGGACAAAGGUGGCAGUUGGGAGAUCCAGCUUUUGUGCCAAAGAUGACAGAGAUAGUCACCAAAAUGACGUCAGAAGCUUUUGCUGAUGACCUGAGAAGCAAGCUGGAUCAUCACGAAACUCACGAUUCGUCAUAUUACACAAACAAGUCAUUCCAGGCAUACGACCAUGGCACUGCGCAUGUUUCUGUAUUAGCCCCGGAUGGAAGCGCCGUUGCGGUUACGAGUAGCAUUGAUUAUUUUUAUGGAUCGACAAUUAUGUCCGAAUCUACAGGAAUCAUUUGGAACAACGAAAUGACAGAUUUUUCCAAGGAUAAUCCGCGAAAUCAGGUUCAGCCUGGAAAACGUCCUCUUUCCUCCAUGGUACCUUCUAUAUUUGUGGACAAAUCGGGUCACGUGAGACUCGUCAUAGGGGGCGCUGGUGGUAUGUCCAUUACGCCAGUAGUAGCCGAGGUAUCUACUCAUGUACUGUAUUUAGGUGAUAGCCUUUCUAAAGCCAUGCGACGCAAACGGUUCUUUCAUCAGCUUGAAAAGAAUGUGUUAAUCUAUGAGAAAGGAUUCCCACAGGAUAUUCUCCAGUCCCUCUCUGGGGAUUUCGGACAUGAUGUAGCCCAAUACCCUGGAAGAUACAUAGCAGUUUUACAAGCAAUAGAGCGGCAUCCUGUCACAGGGCAAAUAACCGAGUUCCCAGAUGCACGAAAAAUAUAUUUCUAGAUCUAGCUAAUAUGAAUUUAUAUAAUUUAUUAUUUAUUGCAUUAUUUAGCAGAGGGCAUUUGAUGGACAAUCGUGCCGUCCAAUAUAAACAUAAAGAUAUAUGAUAUUCACAAUGAAUAUACAAAUAUCACUGUCGAAACACUGUCGUGACGUCAUGUACAAGUGACGUCAAACUUUUGUACCGGACAUAACGCUAUGGUCUAAAUAGUGAAAAUAUGUCAUCCAUGAUCGCCUCGAUAUAGAAGGCAAACAUUGCAGAUAAAUAUUUUAUCAUGUUUCCUUAUUUAAAAAAAAUGUAUAUAAUAUACACAAUAGCAAGUGUUGAUGUAAUAUUGAAUUUAUCAAACUCGAUCGUGAGUUUAAUGACACUCGCCCGAAGUCUAUUACAUUGUAUUUUAUCAUACAAUUGAUGAACUCGUUCAAUAAAUUUAAUAAUUACAUGAACACCCGUGGUUUUCUAUGUUCAAAUAAAUCAGCUAUUGGCAUUUUAUAACAUUCAAUGAAAUGGAAUAUGCUUCAAUUUCCGUAACUAUUUGGUAUACAAAUGUACAUGAAUAUCUAGUUUUCGAAUUUUAUUUCGCCGAAUUCAUCGAUGUUAGACUGUACAUCUCCAAUCCUGUAUAAACAAAUGUAUGUUUGUGUAGAUUAACGAUAAUAUCAACAGCAUUAUGGCUUAAAGUUAUUAAAUUUUGACUGGCUUCUCAAUCUAAAAUUUGAUAAUGUUUAGCAUACAUUUUAACCUAUGAACCGAAUAGCUCUCGGGAAUAAAGAAACUGAACUUAAAUUCGUAUAGCAGGUGUCGCCGAUGAAUCUUACCAUUCCAGAUCAUAUUACCUUAUUCGCAGUGCGCACGCUCAUUGGCCGCCAUUUAAUUUAAUUUCUGUUCAUAUUUUCCCUCUCUAUUUAUUGAUUACGAGUUAAAAUUACGACUUAAAUAUGUCGGCAUGUUUUGUUUGUGUUUUUAUUUUGUUUUUGUGUUGAUUUGUGUUUUUUUUAUCCUGCUCAUUUUGAAAUGUACAGUAUGUUUACUUCAACUUCUAUACAACAAUGUAUUUUUCUUUUGUUUUGCGGUGUGUUCAUUUUUUUUAAUGUUUAAAUUUGCCCUGAUUGCCUUCCUGAUGUUUAGAAAUUAGUAUAACUACUGGUUUAUCAUGUACGUGAUUACUUACACAAGACAGUAUUCCCUUUCAUCGGUUUAUAACUGUCAGUCCUUCAAGUGUUCAUAAUUAGAUUAUAUACAUCCAGUGUUUCCUUUAAUCGUUUACAACCUGCAAAUACUUGUUUUCUCUGACCUUGGUUUAUUGGUAACCCGCAGUCUUGUUUGUAAAUUUUGUAGUUCAUUUUGUACAUGUACAUUGUAAAAUAUUUCUCCAUUAAAAUAUAUGAAUCAA